UGCGUGCUACGCGGGGCAGGUGUGUCCGUGCAGGAACCCAAGAGUUGUGGUCUGGCGCGCGUUCGCCCGCGUGUCUGGGCGCCAGCAGCGGAAGCCGGCAAACGAGCAGCGCCGGUCGGGAUGGGUGCCGCCCCACUCCUUCUUUCCCCUCCCUCACUCGCUGCUAGCUAGUUGGGCCACGCGCUUUCUUGCUGAAGACCGCCCGCGGCGGGCUUGAGAAAGCGCGACGCGGCUGCAAGGAGGCACUGUGUUUUUUUCUGUCCGAGGCCCCGCACGCUCCCAGCCCCGCACUGCUCCCGAGAUGCGUCCACCGCGUGUCUACUAGUCGGGCUCGUGCCGUCGCCGCCGUCUACCACUCCGCAUGGCCCCCCGGCUCUGGCUCUGGCUGCACGUGGCAACCGCCAUGGUCGCAGUGUCGUUCCCUUACCGCCAUGAACGUCACCCUCACAUUAGAAGAUCACAUACAGAGCAUCACCACUUCCUAGGCAAUUUUCUACUUAAUGGGACGAGUGGCAAAGACAGUCAUAUCGGCUUGGGCCGCUCAGCAGAAUACAUCACGCCUUACGAGGGCAUAGCACAGCCCACGCCAUCGGGGCGAAGCACGAGGCGACACCAAAGACAUCGGCAUCGUAGGCGGCUCCACAGUCACAGGGUGCCGGACAUCAUCUACAGCUUCGGCAAUCACUCAGCGGCCAAGCUGUACAGGGGUAAAGGGUACCGCGUAGGGCCCUACACAGGCUACGUGGACGUGUGGACGAUACCGCGCCAAUCUCCACUACAGCCUCUGCUGGCGCAUCGAGUGACGCCAUCCCCGUCGCCGCCACAACAUCAGCGGCAACAGGAGCACUUCCCAGAGGGAACCGCCUUCGCCAGAGUGCUGAUCGCUCCCGAACCGAGCAACACCGUGACACCCGCCGGGCCGCGGACGUGCCUCCGCUGUCCGAAGGACCGCACGGUGUGGGUGGGGCCCGGCUUCACGUGCGCCGAGGUGCCCAAGCCUCGGUUGCGUCCUUGCUCCAGGCUUAUGUCUCUUCCAGUUGAAGUGCACAUGACAGCCACCGCGGGGCCGCAGCCGGGCUCACUUGUCAUGGAGGGUGUCUACCAGAUGAGCUUUACGCUCCGGGCGCCAGGCAUGGCCCCGCAGAGCUGUCACUACAAGCUAAGGGUCAAAGUGCGUCGCUGUCCAGCACUGCAACGACCGCAGCACGGGGGUGCGCGCUGCAGCCGAGGCCGGCACUGGGGCAGUCGGUGUCGUUUCUUCUGCAAACAGGGCUACACACUCGAACAGCGGGCGGCUACUCGCUGCGCUAUUCAUGACGGCGUCCGAAUUACCUGGACGCCCCACCCGGCACCUAUCUGCACAGAGAAGAAUGGUUCGGUACCAGAUGCUAUGACAAACGCCAUCGUCCCACCUACAGUCAUGUCGACUCGACCCACAACGGAGGCUAGCGUGCCCAUGACGACGUCCAAGAACAGGAUUCCCGCCACCGGCUCCUCGCGGCCGCCCAAGCGCUGGAAGCAGCUGGCCUGUCGUUGGCCCAAGGCGCCGCCGCACGGAUGGGUGUGGUGCGAUCGCGGCGCGGCGCGCAAGGCCCGGGUCGUGGCCCGGGAGGGCACCCGCUGUCGCCAGGGGUGCCGAUGGGCACCGCUGAACGUCGUGGCACACUUCUCCUGCGUCGCGGGUACAUGGCAAGGAAGGAAAGUUCUGGAUUGCACAGCACCGCCGGAAAGCCCGCCCACCGAGCGGCCCCAGACAACAGAGGAGCCAGCCCCCCAGGGAUGCGCGCCUCCGGCUAUGAGCACGGGCGGCCGCUGGAUCUGCCCGGACGGUGGAGCGCUAGUGGCGCCGGGCGCCGAGUGCGCGUUCGUCUGCGACCAGGAUUACCAGCCGGUCGCCGAGAACCCGGCGCAGCUCGCCAGGCGCUGCCUCGGGGACCGCUGGAACCACACGGCGGUGCCUGUCUGUAAGAAGAGCGGAUGCGAAAGCCUACUGCCCGUGCUGAACGCUGCACUUGAAUGUUCGGCCGAUGUCAAUGCACUGGGCAUGCGACCCGUUGGCACCAUCUGCAGGCACGUCUGCGACAAGGGCUACGAGGUCUCGCCAAGUCAAGUACCAUUGGCUCAAGUCACUUGUCUCGCCAACGGACAGUGGGACCACCAAGAUCAACCACAGUGUGUCAAGAGCGGAUGUGUCAGCCCUGCCAUUCUGCCCAAAUCUUUGCUCAACUGUUCAGCCCAUGCCAAUCAUGUCGGAAACUGGCCUACAGGAACGACUUGCAAGGUCACGUGUGAAGAAGGCUUUUCAGUUCCACGAAAUCAACAGUCCCUCAACGAGAUCGUUUGUCAAGAGGACGGAACAUGGAACCAAACAGCACAGCUUGAAUGUAACGAGAGUGGAUGCCCAGGUCCAGAUCCGGUACUUGACUCUUCGCUGGAAUGCUCAAACAACGCGAACCACCUUGGCCGCCACCCGACAGGCACGCUGUGUAAAAUUGUGUGCAACGAGGGCCUUGGUCUUCCAUCUGACAUGCAGGAUCUUAACCAGUUUGUUUGCCAAGAGGACGGUACAUGGAACCAGACUACAACGCUUGAAUGCGGCAGUGUCGGUUGUACAAGUCCGAACCCAGUGACUGACUCUUCGCUGGAAUGUUCUACGGACGCGGACCACUUCGGCAAGUUCCCUACAGGCACAAUCUGCAAGGUCGUGUGCGCCGACGGACUUGCGCUUCCAUCAAGCUUGCAAUCCCUUAAUCAAUUUGUGUGCCACGAAGACGGCACGUGGAACCAGACGGCUCAGCUCGAAUGCCGCAAUAACGGAUGUCCGAGUCUGAAUCCAGUGCCAGACUCUUCGCUGAACUGCUCUGCGGACGUUGACCGUUUCGGCAAGCGGCCUACAGGCACGACCUGCCAAGUAGUAUGCGCCGAUGGACUUGCACUUCCAUUCAGCCAACAGUCUCUUAACCAUUUUGUGUGUCAGGAAGAUGGCACAUGGAAUCAAACUGCACAGCUAGAAUGUCGCAACAGCGGAUGCUCAAGCCCAGAUCCAGUGCCCGGCGCCUCUCUGGAAUGUUCGAAAGAUGGCGAAGACCUCGGAAAAUGGCCCUCAGGCACAACGUGCAAUGUAGUAUGUGCCGAUGGGCUUGCACUUCCGCUGAGUCUGCAGUCCUUUAGCUCAUUUGUUUGUCUGGAAACUGGAACGUGGAACCAAUCAGGGCAGUUGGAAUGCCGCGAGACUGGAUGCGCUCAUCCGGAUCCGGUGCCCAACUCUUCACUGGAGUGCUCCAACGACGCCAACCAUCUAGGCAAUCGACCAUCCGGCACGCUUUGUGAAGUACGCUGCAAUGAAGGAUUUACGCUUCCUUUAGGCCUUCAAUCUGCUAGCCGGUUUGUUUGCCAAGAGGACGGCAUGUGGAACCAGACAGCUCAGCUAGAAUGCCUGAAGAGCGGAUGUGCGAAUCUGGAUCUGGCACCCUACUCUUCGCUUGAGUGUUCGAACGAAGCCAACAGCCUCGGCAAUCGACCUGCUGGUACAGUUUGCAAAGUUGCGUGCUUCAAGGGAUUUACACUUCCAUCGAACCAGCUGUCCUUUAGCGAAUUUGUUUGUCAAGGGGACGGCACGUGGGACCACGAUACGCAUUUACAAUGUCACAGAGUGACUUGUGAUAACCCAGAGAACAUAGCCAAUGCUGUUUUGGAGUGUUCUAAUGGCACCAGUGAAGACGGAAAGUGGGCUAUGGGCACGCUGUGUCGAUAUGUUUGCAACGAAGGAUAUGCUCUUCCGAAAAUGCAAGAUGGGCUUAACUCUUUUGUCUGUCGCGAAGACGGCACGUGGAGCAUGACCGAUCAGUUGCUCUGUGAAGAAGCGGGCUGUAAAAGUCCGACGCAAGUGGAAGACUCCGUACUCAACUGCACGUCGGAGGCCAACAGUUUAGGGAGAUGGCCAGCAGGCACGAUGUGCUCAUAUGAUUGCAUAGAAGGAUAUGACCUCGCGAAGAGCCAACUUCCUUUCAACCGCAUUGUGUGUCACGACGAUGGCACAUGGAACCAUACUGAAGAACUACGCUGUCAAAAAACUGGCUGCGAGGAUCCUUCUGCUGUCCAGUUCUCUAUGGUGAACUGUUCAGGAAGCGUUAAUACAGUCGGACGGUGGCCUGUGGGGACUGAGUGCUCACAUGUCUGCGACGAAGGAUACGCAGUUGCUCACCAUGAAACUCAUCUUAAUUUAUUUAUUUGCCUCGAUGACGGUACCUGGAAUCAAACCGAGGGUCUUCACUGUCGUGAAACCGGUUGCGAAGAACCAGGAAAAGUGCCGCACUCGGCUAUCAACUGCUCCUCCGAUUUCAAUGUUUUAGGAAAGCGGCCAUUUGGUACGGUGUGUUCAUACGUGUGCAAUGAAGGAUUCGCCAUAUCCCAGGACCUACAGCAGCACAACCAAUUCGUUUGUUCUGAAGACGGUUCUUGGAGUCAGAAGGAGGAGUUGCUAUGCCUAAAAACUGGUUGUGAGAGCCCGCGCGUUGUGCAUAACUCCGUCCUUCACUGCUCUCAAACUGCCAACGUAGUUGGCAACUACCCAUCCGGGACAACCUGCCUGCAUAUCUGUGAUAAUGGAUUCGUCAUCCCACAAAGCCAAAUCAUGCUGAACGAAUUUAUUUGCCUUGAUGAUGGAAAGUGGAAUGAGACUGGCGACCUGCAGUGUGUCAAGCUUCGAGAUCCCCAGCUCUCCCAGGGCUGCAAGGACGAAGUGGUGGUCGUGGACGGACGUAAUGUGUCGUUUCCAGUCGUUGUCGAAGCCCCAACGUUCGAAGCGUUCAACGGCACCAACGCUGUUGUUAACUGUACCGCCACACAAGUGACAACGUACGGUACGCACAUCAUCGUUUGCGACGGUGUCGACUCGGAGCUUCAGUCAACGUCCUCUUGCACGUACAACGUUACAGCACUUGCCUCCGGAUGCGCUCCGCUGCAAAGCGACCCGUACAGCCGGGUGUCCUGCUCUGCCGACCGCAAUGUGACUGAGGGCCAGCUGCACCCGGUGGGUGACGUGUGCGAGUACAUAUGCCAGCAACACGGCUACGUCAUUCCCCAGAGCAAGGUCGACUCGGCCCUCAAGGAGUGCUUGCCCAACGGCUCCUGGAGCAACGACGACUUCAAUCUGUGCCAGAAGCAAUUGGCCCCCGUGAUGGUAAGUGGCUGCAAUGACACCCGCAUCGGCACCCAGGAGCCGGGCAAUACGACCGUGCCACAGCCCGUGUUCCGCACCGGUUCCGGGCAACUAGUCAAUGCCACCUGUACGCCGGAGAUGCUUGCCGACUUUGGCGACUUCGACAUCGUCUGCGUUGCGGAGGACCAUGAGCUGAGGUCGUCGGCGACCUGCGCGUUUAAGGUAAUAGUCAAAGGCGACGCUGUACCCCGACUUCUUCGACCGUACCAAGAUUGUGUAGACGUCCAGGAAGUGCACGACCAGUAUCCAGCCCACGUGAAGCUUCCCGUCUUCGAGGCGGCGUCCGACGGCGUCGCUCUGGUCACCUGCGAUCCGGCCACUCUGCUUGGGCCCGGCGCGUACAACGUCACCUGUACGGCUAGAGACAAUAAAACCCAGGCAGAAACGCAAUGUUCCUAUGUUGUGAACGCGAGGCAGAUCGAGCAGUUCAGGGAGUCGCAGUGUUUGUCUCUAAGGGCCCCCGCAAACGGCAACAUCCAGUGCAAGCGACGCAAUGGGGUCAUCACGUGCCGCUUCUCGUGCUUCACCGACCACGUGAUGAACACCAAGUCGCUUCCCCUGCUGUCCAGGGGCUACGUGGUCUGCGACCGCGCCCAAGGAGACCGCUUCGACUUCCAGGAGGAGUACGGACUCGACGAGCUGCCCGCCUGCACGCGCCUUCCGUCGCCCACCUACUUCCAGGGUAGCCUCGCCUUCCACGUGGGUCUGCCGAGCUGCACCCUCGAGAGGUUGCACGUGGAGUUCAUGCCGACGCUUACCGAGGCGCUUCUGGACCGAGCAGCCGACGUGUGCCUGCAGGCAGUUUGCGACAACGUCACCUUCAUGUGCGAGACAGGUGUUCGCCGCAAUAUAUCCGAUCCUUCUUCCACGUCGGAUGCUAUGAAGGUUGUCUGGACUGUUCAGGCACGGCACAAUGUCAACGAAAGCUAUGACAUUCCCGAGGCAGAGACCGUGAUUGAACAGAUUCAGGUACUCACGCACGACAUCGUGACAUCGGACCCAACCUUCUAUCAAGAGAUCGCAAAAGUCGGUGGUGACCUUUGGCGGGACUCAUUUCGCCAGUCUAGGUUCACGCUGGUCUGCAGCAGCCGCGGCUUCACCAUUGAUGAACACACAGCUCACUGCGUGCAAUGUCCGGCUGGAACAUUCGAGGAGCACGGCUCGUGCCACCCGUGCCCCCCAAACCACUACCAGGACUCUGAGGGGCAGACAAGCUGCAAGCCCUGCCUUAAGCACACAUUCUCCUUCGAAGGGGCCAAAAUGCUUGAGGACUGCACGGAAUUCGUGCCUCCUCCUGCCAAGGAUGCUCCUACGAGGCAACCCGUGCCAGCACCAGGGUAUUUGCUGCCUACAGAGGGGUGGUUACACCUGCCAGCAACACUAUCGAGGUCGCCACUGCGAGGAACCAGCGUAGCGUCGGUGCCCGCAGCGGGUCUUCAACUACGGCAGCUCCUUGUUCCGGGCGGGACCCAGCGCUGAUCCGG